AGCAGUGGGGAGCUGCCAGCUAGCUGGCAAUCUUGUCAAUAAUUAUUGCCUGUGUCAUUUGGGGCGUUUGGCUAAAUAGCUGCUGUUCCUACUGUUUGCGAUAAAAUUAUUGUUCCGACUCAUUCCCACGUGACUAAUUGCUUGUGAAUAGCACCGCUUUGAUUUGUCCAGUUGCCAAUUCAGUAGCGGUCUUGCGAAAUCUUCAUUAGCUCCAGGUGUACAAAACAAUUCGGCCAACCAUCGACUCCAGCACCGUCCUCUUGCCCACGAGCACAAUGACGGAAAGGCAGCGGCGUGUAAACAGCUGUUCGGAGACAUUCGAUGUAACCACUUUUGGUGAAGCCAUGCUCCGGUAUCUACCGAUAGAGAGACCGUCUAGCGCGAGUAGCAAAGGUUAUCCCAGCGAGGUAGGCGAGUACUUUCUACGGACGGUCGGCGGUGCUGAGGUCAACGUCUCUGUUGCAUUAGCACAGCUUGGUAAACCAACAAGCUGGGCAUCCAUCCUUCCUGAAGGUGCUCUAGGGGAUAAAGCUGUCCAUGAAAUAAAGAAGGCUGGUGUGAACAUGCGCUGGUGCCAACGAACUGCAAACAUGGAGAUGGGAACAUACUACCUCCUAAAGGACCAACCAACACCUCACUAUCAACGGAGCAAUUCGGCGUUCAGCAGAAUGCGCACGGGUACAUUUGACCUAUUCUCUAUUGUAAGCAGUACGCGCUGGCUUCACCUGACUGGUAUUACACCCAUGCUGGGAGAAACACCGAAAGCUACAUGGCUGUCUUUCUUGGAGCAGGCGAAGGCUUUGGAAGUGCCCGUGUCCAUUGAUCUCAAUCAUCGACCAGCAUUGUCAAGCCUGGGUGAGCUACUGUACAUUGUCGCUCCAUACCUAUCGUCCGUUGAGCUGCUCAUUCUUAGCAGCAGUACAGCUGUUACAAUCGCCAAGUCCAAGCUAAGUGGCUGGAAGGAGUUAUCGGAUGAAGAAGUUCUUGGGGAUGAGCGACUCGCAAGUCGACUACGAGAGGAGCUAAAGUGCAAAUCACUAGCAAUUUCAUGCUCCAAUCACUUGGAUGGUAAUGAGCAAGCAAGAUGGUCAACUGUAGCUAGUUGUAAAGGAUCAGUGUCUACAUACUCCACGAGAACCCCCAGCAAACUGGUUGAGCAUCUAGGUGGUGGUGAUGCGUGGGUUGCUGGCUUCCUACACGUAAUUCUGAACACAGAAAGCUCUCCAUCCGUAUCUGGAAUUGAAGAUAUGGGUGUACUGAAGAAGGCAGCACAUCGCGGAGACACCCUUGCAUCACUUGCUCAAACAAAGCUGGGUGACUUCAGCAGUGUGCGUCUAGAUGAGCUGGAGGCUGAAGAGGCAAGAAGAUGCCAGUAAGCAAUGCCAUGCGGCAACGCUGCUGUUUUCUGCGUUCACACAUUGCUGGGUGGAUUCCGAGACUUUCGAGCACUCAUGCUAUUAUCCUCAGUCAGAGCGUCACAUCUGUAUGAACGGUACUGUGACAAAACUAUGCAACCUGUUAUGGUUCCUCGGGCUAGUCCACCAACUAAGAAAAAAUGAAUAUUAAUCCCAUCACAAUUUCAUGAAAAAUUCACACCCACAACCACUUUUUGAGAACAUUAAGUUCAACAUGACACUAUGCAAUGUGUUUUUUGUUGUUGUUGACUAUGUGAUUUCCCUGGCUGCGGACCUCUUCUGGCGCUGUCCUUCAAAGUAUAUUGUGAAUAUGACCAAUGUUUUUUUCAACACUCGUUAUGACCAGUAGUUCUUUCCUCUUCUCUUGGAGUGGUCUUAUUUUAAUGACAAAAUGAAGUUGUUCUUGUUGUCACCUUAUGCUGUUCCAUGGUCCAAGAACUCUAUAGGCAACAAUUUACAUAUCUAUCAAAAAUUCUUCUACUUCUAGCACCAUGGCAUGUCCUACAUUGCUGCUGAUCUGUAUUGACGAUUCAUAUGAUAUCUAGGUAGACUGCCACAGAUACUGAUACGCUGUGAAUGUAAUAGUCCUGCUUCUCCUGUGUUUAGUUGUUUAGUUGUUCAUGGGCCUACUAGAACAUGCUACAGUGAACACUGUAGUGCUUUGUGUCACUGUGUACCAGUUCUAGUCCUUUCUGUUGUCUAAUGUAUGGGACAAAGAUUAUCCGGUGCUCACACGCUUGCGAUCUUCUCAUGCUAUUUAUUUGUGUGCGAUGGUGUGUUAUGGUCGUGUGGAAAUUUUUUGAAAUGAG